GAGGGGUGACACUUUUCCUGCGUUUCACAAACGGGUGUGCUGAAGUGCCGCUAAAGAGAAACUAAAAAUGAUGAACGGAGAAAUUAACGGUUUCCACAACUCUCUCAUCGAGGAGGACUGCUUCUUGUUUACAUCGGAGUCCGUUGGAGAGGGGCAUCCAGAUAAGAUAUGUGACCAGAUAAGUGAUGCGGUGUUGGACGCUCACCUGAAGCAAGACCCAGAUGCAAAAGUGGCUUGUGAAACUGUAGCCAAGACUGGAAUGAUUUUGCUGGCAGGAGAGGUGACGUCUCGUGCUGUUGUUGACUAUCAAAAAGUGGUCCGUGACACCAUUAAACACAUUGGCUAUGACGACUCAUCCAAGGGCUUCGAUUAUAAGACCUGUAAUGUCCUGGUGGCUCUGGAGCAGCAGUCUCCAGACAUCGCCCAGGGUGUUCAUUUGGACCGCAGUGAAGAGGAUGUUGGGGCCGGCGACCAGGGUCUAAUGUUCGGUUAUGCCACUGAUGAGACGGAGGAGUGCAUGCCACUCACUAUCGUGCUCGCACACAAACUUAAUGCCAAGAUGGCUGAACUGCGGCGUAACGGCACACUGCCCUGGCUCCGACCGGACUCCAAGACUCAGGUUACUGUGCAGUACCGACAGGAGCGUGGCGCCAUGCUCCCGGUGCGCGUCCACACUAUUGUCAUCUCUGUGCAGCACGAUGAAGACAUCUGCCUUGAUGAGAUGCGUGAUGCUCUGAAAGAUAAAGUCAUCAAAUCUGUGGUGCCCUCUGUUUAUCUGGACGACGAUACCAUUUAUCACUUGCAGCCCAGUGGUCGCUUCGUCAUCGGAGGCCCUCAGGGUGAUGCUGGCCUGACUGGUCGUAAGAUUAUUGUGGAUACCUAUGGAGGCUGGGGAGCCCAUGGAGGAGGAGCUUUCUCUGGAAAGGACUACACCAAAGUGGACCGCUCUGCGGCGUACGCUGCCCGAUGGGUGGCCAAAUCUCUAGUGAAGGCUAAACUGUGCAAGCGUGUUCUUGUGCAGGUUUCUUAUGCCAUCGGAGUGGCCCAUCCUCUUUCCAUUUCCAUCUUCCACUAUGGCACAUCCCAGAAGAGUGAGCAGGAGCUGCUUAAAAUUGUCAAGAAAAACUUUGACCUUCGUCCAGGAGUCAUUGUGAGGGAGCUGGAGCUGAAGAAGCCAAUAUAUCAGAAGACUGCUGCUUACGGCCACUUUGGCCGUGAAUCUUUCUCUUGGGAAGUGCCCAAAAAGCUGCACUAUUAAACCGUUUGUCAAGGUUUUUCCUCUCUAGGCCUGUUGGCGUAUUCUACAGAGAAGCUCACAUGGCUUACGGGGAGAAGUCUGGUUAUUCUGGUACAAGUCACGCUGGUCCAUCUGAUUUAAGUCUUUUUCCUUUCAUUUUCCCAUUGUGUUGCAUCACAUAUUUCAUUUUUAGUCUUUUUGAGUUUUAAAUGUGAUUUAUGAUUAAUCAGCAUUAGGAUAAAGGGAGUAUACUACACUGAU